AUGCAGGUGUGCAUGUUAUGUGCAUUGGGCGAGCGCAUCUACGGGCGUGUGAUGAUCAACCCGGUGCAAGCGCUGGGCGUCGGCUUCCACGUGACCCUGGAGAAGUGUUUCAUCUGCACGGGCGUGGACGGAUACGUGCCCAAGUACAACCCGGCCACCGAUGAGUACGGCUGCGUGGCGGACUCACCUAACCUCCUUCACAACUUUAAGAUCAUUGACAAAGGAGCACCGGACUCCGUAAAAUUCGAAUACCAAGGGAAGGCCUUUAAUGCUCGCCUCGCUGUUGAAGACGGUGAGCCUGACGUCAUUGCUCUCCUGAACCAACCCGGUGCUGAUGGCUUUUCGCUGGAUUCAACCCCACUGUUCGAGGUUGCGUACGGGCGCCAGUGGUUCGUGCACUGCAUUUACACGGUGCGUUCGGAGGAGAGCGCCGCCCGUGGGAUAGGUAAGAGGGACGUAGCGAGCCAGGGGCGCCUCUACCACGCCGUCGCCGCCUUCGCCUCUCCACAAGGGCCUUCGAGAAGAGCCAGGAGAGCCAGCCAGGAGCCACGAACGGGAGACAAUGGACGCGGGACCAACAUGCACAGGCUGUCGUUGCGGAGCAGGCCGGAGGGGAGCCUUGAGCCCGGAGUCACAGGCGAGGAUUCCCACUUCCCUCUCGUCCCCUUACUGGUGGCACUGGCGUGUGUGGUGGCAGCGGGAAGUGUAGCGGCGGCGGUGGUGUUGGCAAGAAGACGCCAGGGGAAAACUUUACCACCGGGUUACAUGACUGUGGCUGGCAACGGUACCUCGGCCACCUACAGGAAUCGUAACACUGUGGAUCCCCGUUAUUACCACACUCACGAGGACAACACCGAAGUGUAGUAACGUUUAGUUA